AUGGAUGCAUAUCUCAAAAGAUUUGAGCGAUUUGCAGAGAGUGCUGGAUGGAAGAAGGAAUGUUGGGGUGCAAAUUUGAGUGCACUGUUGCAGGGGCGUGCCCUGGAUGUGUAUUCGAGACUCACAGUUGCUGAGGCUAAUGAUUAUCAGAAAUUUAAGGAUGCCCUGCUAAAAAGGUUCAAUCUGAACGAAGACGGUUUCAGGGAAAAGUUUCGUAGUAGUAAAUGUGAAUCAGGGGAGACAGCGUCUCAAUUUGUAAUUCGAUUGGGAGAUUACUUAACCAAUUGGAUGUGCCAGGCUGGGUCUGACGAAACCUAUGAGGGUUUAAGAGAUUUGAUUUUACGUGAGCAAUACUUGAAUGGGUGCUCAAAGGGACUGCAAGUGUUCUUAAAGGAGCGUAAGUUUGCUUCAGUAACAGAGAUGGCCGAUUGUGCAGAUCGGUAUAUUGAGGCCCAUGAGGGCAAUGGCAAAACGGGGAAUGAAUCUAGAGAUGGUGUGAAAGGUAAGGCUUGCUUUGUUUGCAAUGGACCACAUUUACGUAGAGACUGCCCGAGGAUAAAUGGUCGGAACACCAUGGGCACAAACAACCAUAGGGGUGGUAACCUAUCAGGCCAGUAUUCAGGUAAUGGUUUCAAAAGCUGGGAACCAGCAAGAGGUGGAAGAAGACCUGAAGACAAGUAUGACCGAAAGGUAAGUAAAUCUAGUUUGUCGGCGUGUGGCCUAUCCCAAGGAAAGGUAAGUCUGUCAUGUGGUCACAAAUUACCUGUCAUGUCGGCAGCGUGUGAUGGACCUAUUCGGGAAAAUAUGCCGGAGUGCAUAGGAUGGGUCAACGGAAAACAAAUUCGUGUCUUGAGGGAUACUGGAUGUUCAUCAGUGGUGGUAAAGAGGUCUCUUGUACCAAACCACAGUUUUACUGGGAAAGUUCAGAAUUGUGUCUUACUUGAUGGAACAGUGAGACAAUUCCCCACGGCAAAAGUGUUUGUGGAAACACCUUAUUUUACAGGUAAGGUUAUUGCCAUGUGUGUUGAAAGUCCAGUAUACGACUUGAUAUUGGGGAAUAUUGACGGAAUCAGAGAUAUUGCAAUUGGAGAAUAUGCGACCAUAUCAGAAGAGAAGAAAGUGGAUGAAACGGUGAACGAACAGGCAGCAGUAGUCACCAGAGCUCAGGCUUCAAAAGAAAAGGUAAGCAAAAUCAAACCGUUAAAGGUGCCAACACAGAUCAAGGGGAUGAAUCCACAGAUGUUUCAAGAAGCACAGAAAAGUGACCCAACUCUUCAAGCUGCCCGGGAACAAGCAAUGUCGGAAGAGGUAAAGCAGUGUGGAAAACUGAAUACUUCUCGGUAUUAUGAACGCAAUGGAUUCUUGUACCGUGAAUUUACGUCUCCAAAACAUAACAAGGCAGAACCUGUUUGCCAGCUUGUUGUCCCUAAGGAAUUUCGAGAUGAAAUCAUGAAGAUAGCUCAUGAGAGUUUAAUAGGAGGACAUCUAGGAAUGCAGAAAACAUUGGAUAAAGUACUGUCACAAUUUCAUUGGUCUGGUGUAAUGUCAGAUGUGAAACGUUUCUGUACCUCCUGUGAUACCUGUCAGAGGAUGACAUCAAAAGGAAAAGUUUCCAAGGUUCCGUUGGGAGAAAUGCCAUUAAUAGAUACACCAUUUAAACGCGUGGCUGUUGAUCUGAUUGGACCUAUUACACCAGUUAGUGACAGAGGAAACCGGUACAUAUUAACGGUGGUUGACUACGCUACAAGAUAUCCGGAGGCGAUGGCAUUGAAGAACAUUGAGACAGAAACCGUUGCAGAGGCAUUAGUAGACAUUUUCACUCGAGUUGGAGUUCCACAAGAAAUGCUUAGUGACAUGGGAGCACAGUUUACAUCUGGACUCAUGAAGGAGAUAAGUAGGCUGUUGUCAAUGAAACAGUUAGUGACUACACCAUACCAUCCCCAGUGUAACGGGUUAGUGGAAAGAAUGAAUGGCACGCUGAAGUCCAUGAUAAAGCGUAUGUGUACAGAGCGACCCAAGGACUGGGACAAGUACAUUUCGCCAGCCUUGUUCGCAUACAGAGAAGCCCCACAGGCAAGCACAGGGUUUUCUCCAUUUGAACUGCUCUACGGGAGAACAGUAAGAGGACCAAUGCAAAUAUUAAGAGAGAUGUUGACACAGGAAACCCUUAGUGAAGAGGUAAAAACUGUUUAUGAAUACGUUUUGGACCUAAAGGAAAGGCUAGCAGAAACAAUGCAAUUUGCACAAGAAGAACUGAAGAAAUCUGCUGGAAAAUACAAGAAACACUUCGAUAAGAAAGCGAGGCAAAGAACAUUUUCAGUAGGAGAGCGAGCUCUAGUUCUGUUGCCAACAAACCGAAACAAAUUGCUCAUGCAGUGGCAAGGGCCAUAUGAAAUUGUAGAGAAAGUUGGUGAAUCAGACUACCGACUUGACGUCAAUGGUCAUGUGAAGACAUACCAUGCCAAUAUGUUGAAGAAAUAUGUGGAGAGAAUUGGCAAUGAGGCUGAAACUGGUCAGGCUGGAUUACUGAUAAAUAUCGCAGCGGCCAUUAUUGAAGACGACAAGGUACCAAGUGGUGAGAAGGACUGUUUAAGUGAGUAUGGUCGAUUUAAUGAAGAGAUACAAUGUCCUAUAAUAGAACAAUCAGAAUCUGUUGAAGAUGUCAAACUUGGUGAAAACCUAGAUGCCAAACAAUGCAAAUCUUUGCAAACAUUACUUCAAGACUUCCAAGACGUGUUAACUGACAUUCCUGGGAAAACCAAUUUGGUAGAACACCAUAUUAAAACAACUGCAGAUGAUCCAAUUCGUUCAAGGCCAUAUCCUGUUCCACAUGCUGUGAAGGAGACCAUAAACAAAGAAGUUCAGGAGAUGUUACGAAUGGGUGUCAUUGAACCAUCAGAUUCACCAUAUAGAUCACCAGUCGUUAUAGUGAAGAAACCAGAUGGCACUAAUAGAUUUUGUGUGGACUUUCGCAAGUUAAAUCAGGUCACAGUCUUUGAUGCUGAGCCAAUGCCAUGUCAGGAUGACAUUUUUGCACGCUUAUCCCACUGUCGUUACUUUUCGAGAAUUGAUUUGUCAAAGGGGUACUGGCAGAUUCCAGUUUCCGAGGAAAGCAAAAAGUAUACUAGCUUUGCAACUGACACCGGGCUAUGGCAGUUUCGAAGAAUGCCAUUUGGACUGGCAUGCGCACCCGCUGUCUUCAGCAGAAUGAUGAGAAUGUUGCUGAAAGACCUUAGUGGAGUGGAUAACUUUUUAGACGAUAUGUUCCUGUUCACCGAGACAUGGGAGGAGCAUCUUACGUUGAUUGCAGAAGUCUUAGGGCGCCUGCGAAAUGCUGGACUGACGGCAAAGCCUAGCAAGUGCAUGUUGGCUUGUGAGAGACUUGAUAUCUUAGGACACCAAGUAGGGCACGGAAAAGUGGAACCAAACCCACAGAAGGUUACAGCAAUAGCUCAAGCCGAAAGACCACGAACCAAGACUGAACUUCGAUCCUUCUUAGGGCUGGUAGGUUAUUAUCGUAAGUUCAUACCAAACUUUGCUGCUGUGGCUGUACCACUUACCGACCUCACCAAGAAAGGUAAACCCAAUACCUUGGUUUGGGAAUCACCUCAUGAAAGGGCAUUCAAGGAAUUGAAGGAACGAGUGACGAUGUCACCAAUUCUCCGAAUGGCAGAUUUAGGUAAGCCAUUUAUUCUACGUACAGACGCCUCUAAUGUAGGUUUAGGGGCAGUACUUCUGCAAGAACAUGAGGAUGGUAAGUUUCCGGUAGCAUAUGCAAGUCGUAAAUUGCUGCAAAGGGAAAGAAAUUAUUCGGUGGUUGAGAAAGAAUGCCUUGCAGUUGUGUGGGGAAUACAGAAAUUCCACACAUACUUAUAUGGUAAGAAGUUUCUGUUAGAAACAGACCACAUGCCACUGGUAUAUCUGAACAAGGCAAAGGAUUCUAAUGGCAGAAUCAUGCGUUGGGCUCUUGUUUUGCAGGCUUACCGGUUCACUGUUGUUGCUAUAAAGGGAACUGAAAAUGUCGGGGCUGAUUAUCUCAGUCGAAAAUCUGGGACAUGAGUCAUGAACCUAGUCUUGACACAAAUCCAAAAGGUUGAGACAGAAAUUGGGAAUUUCAUCUUAAGUAGGGGGGUGUGUCAAAGAAAUAGGGUUGUUUUUUUUUGUGUGUGUAAAUGUUAAUAUAGUUAAUUAGAAUAGCAAGUAUAAAUGUUACUAUAAACCGGCUGCGGGAUACACAUCCAAGAGUACUGAAAGCCCUGAAAUCAUAAAUCAUACGGUCAAAUCUAAUGGGAAAUUUAGGGUCAGGUCUGGGGUAUGGGGAUACUUUUGUUUAUUCAAGGAAGCCUGGUUAGUGUAUGGCAGAGUUCGAGAGUUUUCUGUGUGUUUCUGAGUCAGUUGAAUUUGGGCUUAAGACCAGAGCGUUUGUUGUUUGGAAGGAGGUGCCAUCAGAAUUUCUGAUCGUCGGCCACAUUGUGGAGGCAUCUAGAGUGUUGUGUUUAUAGAAGGAAUCUAAAUGGGAUCCCAUUUUUGUUGGUGUAAGAAUUACGAUGAAGAAAGUUGAUGGAAAAGGGGAUAGAAGAUAGAAGUUUAAUAAGACGUAUGUUGCAUACUAGAACUAGUUGAAUAUUGAUGAAGAAAGUUGAUGGAAAAGGGGAUAGAAGAUAGAAGUUUAAUAAGACGUAUGAUGCAUACUAGAACUAGUUGAAUAUUGGCCAUCAGUUUCAUAAAGACAACUACAAAUAAAUUAUACAGAGAAACGCACUGACAGGAAGGAAGCAUUCAUAUCAUAGUAAACCUCAAAAAGUGUAGCAGUGAUGUGCACUGUGUAGUUCCGAUUGGGUAACUGGAAAGAACUGGACCUGAGAACUGAAUAUAUAUUUAUGACGUUCACAGCGGAGCACAGCAAGAACAUUUGUUUUUACCAUUUGACAUUCGAUCAUCAUGGAUAAUCUAAACUGAAAUUUCUUA